CUAGCCUGGAUUCCUGCCUCUUUCAAAGUUAUAAGUAGGAGCAAUGGCUACAUAUCCGGCACCGUGAAAUCUGAGGAAGAAUUGGGGUCCUUGCUAGAAAACCACAAAAGAGCCACGUACACUUCAUUCAAUACAUGGUAGGUCUGAAUGUGUCAAUUUAGUCCAUGCAAUUACAUUUUGUUGAUUAGAUAUUUUAGUGGUUUUGCAUAUAUUAUUCUCUGAUUUUUUUAUAUAUAUAUAUAUAUAUAUAUGCUUUUUACCUCUGUAUUGAUUUACCUUCUGGUGAUCCUCUAGGUCUGAACACAAAAAGGAUCAAAUUAAAAGAAGGCUACUUUGGCAAGUGGAGGAUUAUGCAGAUGAUGUUCCCGUUUGUGUUGAAAAAAGAGCUAUCCUUGCCUGCCAGCAUGGCAAAGCAUCGAAAAGACAUUCUACAGCUGAGGUACAUUGUCUAGUGUCAUUAUAAGGAAUUCAUAUAUACCCAUAGAAUUUGAAUUGUCUAAAGGCAUAAUGGGUUAAGUAAACCUAUCAUAACCCCAAAUCAAAGGUUGUAGUACUCCAUUGUUAGUUGUGCCUUCUUCAUUACUUCUUCACUCAUUGACUCAUUGAUUGGUAACUUCUUCAUUCAUUGACAAAUGUGUCUAUAGGAACAGCCUUCAGAACAUGUAUAUAGCAAGAAAAGGUUAUAUGUGCAGAGGGGCAAAAAAGUGGACUGUCCAGCAAAGCUUUUCAUUCGGCAUGUAACUAGGUGAGUUAAUUAGCACAGUAAAAAGUAAUGGAUGUUUCAACAAUGCCUCUAAUUUCUCUAAGCUUUGAUUAAAUAUGUACUAAACUGUUUUCUUUAAGGUAUGACACAUUUAGUGUCAAGGGGGAUGCUUCGAGAGCAAAGAAACAAGAAGCAAUGAAAAGACUGAAGGAGGCAUUGACUCAGACAAGCCCAGCUACAUCAUCAUCAUUCAUUCAUGUCAAGCUCCCAAUCGCUGAAGCACACCAAAACCACAUUAUCAAUGAAGCAAGUUGCUUUAAAAGGAAGAUACAUCCACAAGAAAACAUGGGGCAGGACAGAGACACCAGACAGCAGGAAGAAAACAUGGGGCUGGACGGAGACACCAGACAGCAGGAAGAAAACAUGGGGCUGGACGGAGACACCAGACAGCAGGAAGAAAACAUGGGUCAGGACGGAGUCAGGGAAAACCACAUCACAGCUGAACAGUGUGCGUUAAGAGAUGAAUUAAACAAAAUAAUGGAUGCUACUUAUCUAUGUCAAGACAUCGAGACCUUACAAAAGACAAAGGAAGCUGUGGCAGACAUUCGAAAGUCCUUCAUUGGCUCCUGUCCAAAAGGGAAU